CCCAAAUGGGGACAAGAGGAGGUCUAGCCUCUGAUGAAUUUUCGAGCUUUUAGUCUGUUGGUGAUUGAUGCAAGAUCAGAAUCCACGGAAAAGCGUCAACGAACUCUACAUAUCACCAGAGGACAGAAGACAGAGGACACAGGCCAAAAGGACAUCACAACUCCCGACACAACUACUAGCAUCAUGAGCAACAGCGAGGUGCAGCGUUGGCAGACGCGCCAGGACGGGCUCGACAAGCUCUUCCUCGCGUCGGCGGCCAUCCCGCAGCCGGGACCGGGUGAGGUGCUGGUCAAGAUCAAGGCCGUCUCGCUCAACUACCGCGACACCGAGGUGGCCAUGGGCCUCUACAACCACCACAAGACGAUCAACCCCGGCGAGACGGAGCCCUUGGUGCCGGCGUCGGACAUGUGCGGCUCCGUCGAGGCCGUGGGCGAUGGCGUCGACAGGUGGACGGCCGGCGACCGGGUCGUGUCCAUCUUCAACCAGUCGCACAUCCGGGGCCAGAUCAAGGCGGCGGACAUGAAGUCCGGGCUCGGGUUCCCGCUCGAGGGCGUGCUGCAGUCGUACCGCGUGUUCCCCGCUGAGGGUCUGGUCAGGGCGCCGAAGCACCUGAGCGACGAGGAGGCGGCGUGUCUGCCGAUCGCGGCGGUGACGGCGUGGAUGUCGAUUAACCAGUUCCGGCCGUUAGGCCAGCCCGGCGGCAAGGGAGAGGUGAUUGUCUGCCAGGGAACCGGCGGUGUUGCGAUUUCAGGACUGCAGAUUGCCAAAGCCGCGGGCGCGACGGUCGUCAUCACGUCGUCUUCGGACGAGAAGCUCGAGAAGGCCAAGGCCCUCGGCGCGGAUUACACGGUCAACUACCGCAGCAACCCCAACUGGGACGAGAAGGUCAACGAAGUCACCAAGGGCGAGGGCGCCGACAUCAUCCUCGAGACCGGGGGCGCCAAGACGCUGCGGCACUCGUUCGAGGCCAUCGGGUUCGGCGGGCAGAUCGCCUGCAUCGGGUACCUGUCGGGCAAGGUGGACGCCGAGGAGGACCGGACCAACGUGAACCUGCUGGCGCUGCGCAAGACGGUGACGCUCAAGGGCAUCAUCAACGGGCCGCGCGAGAGGUUCGAGGAGAUGAUUGGCUUCUACGAGGACAAGGGCAUCAAGCCCGUGGUGGACCGCGUCUUCGGCUUCGCGGAGGCGGACAAGGCAUACCAGUAUCUGUACAGCGGGGGACACUUUGGCAAGGUGGUUGUCAAGGUUCAGUGAGUGUGUGUGUGAGUGAGUGUGUGUGUGUGUGUGUGUGUUGGAAGGGCUCGGCGUUGAUUACAGAUAUUAAUAGGAAUAAGAUGAACUCGCCCCGUAUGCUUUUCCUGAUGAGAAG